AUGUCGGAACUGACAUUUACCAAGUCCUUCUUGUCCACACUGGACUCCCGACCUAUCAAGCUCCGCGCUGACCAUGUAUUCGAUCCGGAGCAGGUUGGACUUCGGGUUCCUUACACUCUCCCCCGCCUCUCAGCCCCGCACCCCCCAAUGCCCAAGAAAGUGAAGUCCGCACAGGCACCAGGCUCGUCGAAAUCGAUCAAUGUCUGUAUGAAGUCUGCUCGCAAUCCCGCCCUCGAAUUCACCAUCUCCAACGCCCCUAUCUCAACCACCUCGAUCCAAGAUCUCCGGGAUGCCGUGCAAGCGCGCGUCACCGAUGCCCAAGGCGGACAAGUUCCAUUAGACAAGAUUAAGAUCCUGUACAAGCGCAAGCCAGUGACCGGAACAGGAAAGACCCUGGCGGAGGUAUUAGCAGACGAGCCUGCAGUUUUGGCAGGUGGCAAGGCAGUCGAGAUUGGAGUGAUGAUUAUUGGCGGCGCCCAAGUAAUCAACUCUGCAGUGGCCCAGCCGGAGGUGGAGGAGAAGCGGGAUGAAUCGCCGCCUAAGGCUGCUGUUGGUCCCAGUGGCGAGGAGGUUCUGCGGACGGAUGCUUUCUGGGAUGAUCUGCAAGGUUACCUGGAGCAGCGAUUGAAGGACGAAGAAGAGGCGAAGCGGCUGAGAUCGCUUUUCAAGGAUGCAUGGAGCUCGGCGAAAUAA